UGGAGAAGAAGUACAAGGGGUUGUUCUGUCGGAUGAGAGAAGGCGCAGUACCCUGUGGUCCGGAAUGCAGCUUCACGUACUCCUGGAACGAUCACCAACACAGUGACGCCUUACGAUGUCUGUUCGCCCGGAAGGAGCAAUCUGUGUAAGGCAUUGAGAACUGUCCUAUACUUAAUUUGUUCUUGAGCCAUUGGGAACAUGUAUUUAAGGUCUUCGAUGUCACAGACUCGGAAAUCCAAACCAACCUCGUUCAUACCAGCCUCGUCUCAGACAACGCAAACUACUUCCAACCAGCAAUCGAUCUCAUUCAAUACCCAAUUUUCCUCACAUCAUCUACCUGACAAUGGCUCGAUAUAUCUCGGCUCUCACCCUUCUUGCCAUCGGCGCCCAUGCAGUGGACGUUGAAAACUACGGAUCUCGUAACUGUGGAGCCCAACAGAUCGGUGGCUGUUACAAUUUGGCGCCGAGUACAUGUUGCCAAUUUCGGGAUAGCUAUCGUACCCUAGAAGGCCUUGAACUACGAGUCGGCACUGGAUCCGUCAAGUUCCGGAACCUUCAGCAAUGCGACAUCGGGUCGUGGUUUCGGCCUGCUAAUGGUCGAGCUUGCGGGUCUGCGAUGGCAACCGCUAUUGGACCAUUAUCCUCGAUCUGCUUGUCAGGAACCGGGACGCAGCAGCGCAGAGACGGAGCCAUGUGGUACCAUCUCGCUACUGACUUGUUCAAUUGCCCGAAGCCAGGACUCAGAGAGGCCCAAGGCAAUCCAGAAUACAAAGUUGCUCUAGAUCAAUACCAACGGGGUCUGAACUUGGUAUAUGGCACUGAUGUCAAAUUCCCCGCCGGUUGGGGCGCAAUCUCGAAGAGAUCAGUUGCCGGUCGCACCACCUACGAAGUUUCGCAUGAAGAUCUGGAGAAACGAGCACCUGCAUGCAACAAUAUCCAGUACGCGGACACGUAUUUCUGGGUAGGCGAUGAAAGCGUCUACGUCCUCAAAGGAUCGAAAGAAGUCCACGAUGCCUUGGCCCAUUAUGGAGGACUGGAAGAGCCUAAACCAUCCUACGAAGAGUACAUCAAGUCUCUAGGCGCCAAAUUCUACAAGAACUACCGUGACUAUGAGAACCUCGGUCCCAAUACUGAAAACCAGUGCCGUGUCAACAAGCGCGACUUCCCCGUCGUCGAAGCAGAGCCAGCUCCUCCUGGCGCCUCUGGCACUCCUAUGGUUUUUGUCGACUAGGUUGACUGAGUAACU